AUGGCUUAUGAUUGCUACUUGGCCAUUUGUCAGCCGCUGAGAUACAUGGUCAUCAUGCACCCAUGCCUCUGUGUCCUUCUGGUUCUACUCUCCCUGCUUGUGAGUAUUGUGCAUGGUCUACUCCACAGUCUGGCGGCACUGCCACGGUCCUUCUGCAUAAAUGUGGAAAUCCCACCCUUCUUCUGUGAACUUGCUCAGGUCAUCAAGCUGGCCUGUUCUGAUGCCUUUAUUAAUGUCAUGCUGAUAUAUUCAGCAGGAAACACAUUUUUUGGUGUUCCUCUUAUUGGAAUUAUUUUCUCUUACAUUAAAAUUGUCUCCUGUAUUUUGAGUAUGCCAUCAGCUGGGGGAAGGUAUAAGGCAUUUUCCACCUGCGGGUCUCACCACUCUGUUGUUUCCUUUUUCUAUGGGACAGCUUUCGGUGUGUACUUGAGUUCUAUAUUUAGUAACUCUCCCAAUAAUAAUGCAAUGACCUCUGUGAUGUACAUUGUGAUCUCUCAAGUGAUGAAUCCUUUCAUCUAA